AAACAAAAGGAACGCAAGAGUAAAAGAGAGAGGAAGGUUAAAUGAAAAGUUAGGGUUUGGCACAGCAGCAUAGCAGAGCAAAGCAGAGUAGAAGAAGAAUGGUGGGAACGAACGUGAAAGCAGAAACAAAAUCUCUAAUGGAUAAGCGGAGUGCGUUAGAGUCUGAAAUGAACUCAAUCAUCGCUCGUCUUUCUCAAUUCCCUGGCGCCCCUGGACUUUCCGGCAAUCUAAUUGAUUCUGAGGGUUUUCCUCGUUCCGAUAUCGACGUUCCACUUGUUCGAGCUGAACGACGUCGUCUUGCUGAGCUGCGUAAUGACUACACCGACGUAACUGAUAAGAUUAAUCAAAAUAUACACAUUUUGCAUUCCACAAGACUUGGAAAUCAUAAAAAUUCAGACAAUGAUGAUGGCUCAGACAUGCAGACCUCAUCUACUGCAGAAACUGUUGCAUCAACACCAUCACAGAAUGUCCUUGUGAGUCUUUCCCCCAACUCGAUGGACGUGGAUGUCUUGGUUAGUAGACCUUUUGCAGUGGUUGACGAGAUAUCAGAUGCAUCACCAGCGGUAGAGGAUGGCUUACAACUUGGAGAUCAAAUAUUGAAAUUUGGCAAUGUCGAAGCGGGUGAAAAUUUGCUUCAUAGGUUGGCUUCCGAGGCCCAGUCGAGCAUGGGUCAAACAGUACCUGUUGUCAUCAUGAGGCAAGGCACAGUGAUCAACUUAACUGUCACACCUAGAACUUGGCAAGGCAGAGGUUUACUGGGAUGCCAUUUUCGGAUCUUGUAGAUGCUGAGUUGUUCAUGUCGUAAUGUUGGUGAUAGUUUGUUUCUUCUCUGGAAUUUGUUCUUGACCUUUUGUAACUUGUCUUUGUACGACUCAGUUUGAUUAUGUGAUAGAUAGAUAUAUCAGAUAGUAACAGCUGACCUUUGAUUAUGGUGGUCAAUGAACUCAAUUAUGUGCUAUAUAGCCUUUUUAGUUUAUUUUGAUCGUCUUUUGUUAA